AUGCAAGUCCGCGUGUUCCCUCCAGAUGGUCUGGAUAUUCGGUUAGUUGCGAACCGUAUGUCAAGGGGGAAAAAAUUGCGCAGCCACUUUGCCAGCGGAAAUACGAAACGAUUACAUGAAAAGCUGCUUAUGCUUGAAGCGCAAACGCUGAAUGACGGAUCACAGAGGAUGAGUCUCUUAUUGGCAAGAUUUGGGUUCGAACCCUGCGAGAAGACAUACUGUUCUUGGGGCGCGACGUGCGCCGUGUUGGAGAACGGGAAACCUUUGUGCCAGUGUCCAACAGAUUGUCCUUCGACUUCUGAACUUGUCUGCGGCUCCGACAACGUGACCUACACCAACUAUUGCCAUCUACGGAAAACCAGCUGCUUCGAGAAAAGAACUGUACGAGUGAAGAAUCAGGGCGUUUGUGGUGAGUGCCGUUCCCUGUUACGUGUUACAGCUAUUCGUCGCGAUCUUUGA